UCCUCAUUUUAAUCUGCUUUGUUGUGUCUCUUUUAGGGGGGAUCCAGAUAAAUGGGACAUUUGGGGAAACACCCCUUUGCAUCUGGCUGCUGCCAAUGGGCACCUAAAUUGCUUGUCCUUUCUAGUGUCUUUCGGGGCCAACAUCUGGUGUCUGGAUAAUGACUACCACACGCCAUUGGAUAUGGCUGCCACCAAGGGCCACAUGGAGUGCGUGCGUUAUCUGGAUUCCAUUGCAGCCAAGCAGAAUGGUUUAAAUCCCAAGCUGGUUUCCAAACUGAAGGACCGUGCUUUCCGUGAGGCAGAAAAACGCAUCCGCGAUUGUGCAAAACUGCAACGCAAGCAUCAUGAGCGGAUGGAGAGGCGUUAUCGAAAAGAGAUGUCUGACCGUUCUGAUACCAUGAGCUUUUCCAGCUUUUCCAGCUCAGUGAGCCAGCGCCUCCCCAGUGCCACAUUACUUGCCACCAUGCCAUAUUCCCACACUGCGGGCACCACAAAGGGCAAAUCAAAGAUGCAGAAGAAACUGGAGAAACGGAAGCAGAACGAAGGAACUUUUAAGAUAUAUGAGGAUGGUCGAAAGAGUGUGCGCUCACUUUCUGGACUUCAAUUAGGAAAUGACGUCAUGUUUGUGAAGCAAGGCACCUAUGCCAGUCCCCGGGAUCGAGGCCGACAACAUCUCCGGGAUAUGUUUGUUCAUGAGGAGGAUUCGUUAUCAAGGGCUGUCAGUGACCCUGGAUUACAUGUGGAUUCUGCUCACUCUGAAGUCAGCACUGACUCUGGACAUGAUUCCCUUUUCACCAGACCAGGUCUUGGCACUAUGGUUUUUAGGAGGAACUAUCUGAGCAGUGGGCUGUUUGGAGUAGGCAGGAAGGAAGACAAUGAACAUACCAUGCAAAGGGAGCUUGUGAAGCUGCGGAGUAGACUCAAACGUUCUUCAAGUUUGGACGAUAGUAUUGGCAGUGCCCGUAGCCUGCAGGAGAGAAACGAGCAGGAGCUGCCAUGGGAAGAAGAGGAGUUAGGGUUUGAUGAUGAAGAGGAACCUGACACCAGCCCCUUGGAGACUUUUUUGGCAUCGCUGCACAUGUCAGAGUUUUUCACCCUUUUGCAGGCUGAAAAGAUUGAUCUGGCAGCUCUGACACUUUGCUCAGACAAUGACCUUAAGGGUAUACACAUCCCCUUAGGACCUCGCAAAAAAAUCCUGGAGGGUAUCCAGAGGAGAAAACAGGCACUAGGUAGACCCCAAUCAAUAGGCGAUACUGAGCUAUAAGGGCUUGACGUGUGUGAGCAAGGACUGAAUUACAGUGCCAGAAACUAGACGGGCUUUUACCAAGACAGUGACUGCCCUGAGCCAAAGAUGUGCCACUAGAGGAGACCCGGAACUCUUCACAACUCAUGGGUCACUCAGGUGCCAAGAACCUCUACCUCUCCCCUGAUGUACCUUCUCUUCACAUGGAAGGAAAUCCAUCCUGAAACCCUUCUGUUUGCUUUUUUGUAUUAUCUGUGCAUUACCAGGAUCAGUUCCGGGUCUGCUGUGAAAACACAAGCGGUGUCCGCUUUGAAGAGCAUUAAAUAGCAAGGUUGGGGUGGUGUUUUCUCCCUAUCCACUGUGCUAGCUUCUCAGUUAUUAUCUGGUAUUUACAUAUAUACAUAUUGUGCCGCCCUCAAGGAGCUUACAAUCUAAGGUCACUA